GUGAAUUUUGUCAAUGGCAGAAUGAUUGAAAAUAAACAAUCUCAAACUUACAAAACAAUUUUACAAAACGUUAUUUUGAUGAGGGCCAUCAUUCAAGUUAUCCGAAAUAAAGGAGACCCAAACACUUUAACGAUUUCUGAAGCAAAGGAAGCAUACAAUUAUGCCAGAGGAAAUACCGCCAUAGAAAAAUUGAAUAACAUUUGGGAAGAAAUUCAAAAUGAUGUAAAUGGCCUUGUUGAUAAAGUAUCAACCCACAGUCAAGAAGGCGAAGGACUCAAGCAGAUAAUAGAGAAGAAGGAAGGAAUCAUCCGAAUGUGCAUGAUGGGCAAGCGUGUUAAUUUCUCGGCUCGUUCAGUUAUAACCCCGGAUCCUAACCUUGAUAUUGACGAAAUUGGAAUUCCUGAAGAAUUUGCUAAGCGGCUGACUUACCCUGUAGCUGUUACUCCUUGGAAUAUUGAAGAGAUGCGAAAACUAAUAUCAAAUGGACCUAACAAACACCCUGGGGCUGUCAUGGUAGAGCAAAAUGGAGUUGUGAGACGCAUAAAUCCAAAAAAUAGUACUCAACACCAGAGUAUACUAAAAUGUUUGUUGACUCCUGAUGAAAAAGGUACCAAACAUGUGAAAAUUGUACACCGUCAUCUGUGCAAUGGAGAUAUCUUAUUAUUAAAUCGUCAGCCGACUUUGCAUAAGCCCAGUAUAAUGGCUCAUAGAGCUCGUAUUCUGAAAGGGGAGAAAACAUUAAGGUUGCACUAUGCAAAUUGUAAGGCUUACAAUGCUGAUUUUGAUGGUGACGAAAUGAAUGCCCAUUUUCCACAGAAUGAGCUGGCUAGAAGUGAAGGAUACAAUAUUGUUAAUGUUUCAAACCAGUAUCUAGUGCCUAAAGAUGGCACUCCUUUGAGCGGCCUUAUUCAAGAUCACAUCAUAUCUGGGGUCCAUCUUGGAAUGAGAGGGCGAUUUUUCACAAAGGAAGACUAUCAUCAAUUGAUUUACCAAGCACUAGCUUUUAAAACGACAGAUAUUAUUUUAUUACCACCAGCCAUUUUGAAGCCCAAUUGUUUGUGGUCAGGAAAACAAUUAAUAUCAACUGUAAUCAUUAAUGUUCUUCCUGAAGGGAAACCCCGUAUUAAUUUGACAUCUACCUCAAAAAUCCCAGUUAAGGCUUGGCAAUCAUGUGAACCUAGACAUUGGAAAGCUGGGGGAACUCUCUUCAAAACCGAUAACGACAUGAGUGAAGCAGAGGUUAUUAUAAGAAAUGGUGAAUUAUUAUGUGGUAUUUUGGAUAAGAAUCAUUAUGGUGCUACAACUUAUGGACUCACUCACUGCGUAUAUGAAUUGUAUGGAGGCACUUACGCUACAAGGUUACUAUCAUCAUUUGGCAAGAUUUUCAUGUAUUUUCUUCAGCAAGAAGGUUUCACUUUGGGAGUUCGAGAUAUAUUGACGGUUCCACAAGCUGACGCUAAGAGGAAGAAACUUAUUAAAAGUUGUCGGCAAAUAGGAAAUGGCGUUAUGGCUACUGCUUUGAAUUUACCCAAAAAUACGUCACCCACAGAAAUUCUAGAUAAACUUGAAGAAUUAAGCAGCACCAAUCCUAAAAUGAGAACACUUGUUGACAGACAGUAUAAGACAUCAUUAGAUAAGUACACAAAUGAAAUAAAUAAAGCUUGUCUGCCGGCAGGCCUCAUUUCCAAGUUUCCUCACAACAACCUUCAACUAAUGGUACAGUCGGGAGCCAAAGGAUCAACCGUCAAUACUAUGCAGAUUUCGUGUCUUUUGGGUCAGAUUGAAUUGGAGGGAAAACGUCCUCCGCUUAUGAUUUCAGGAAGAUCCUUGCCAAGCUUUCCACCUUUUGAGUUUUCGCCUCGUUCUGGAGGGUUCAUCGAUGGCAGAUUUAUGACAGGAAUUCAGCCCCAGGAAUUUUUCUUUCAUUGCAUGGCAGGACGUGAGGGAUUGAUUGAUACUGCUGUUAAAACUAGUCGUAGUGGAUAUCUGCAAAGAUGUUUGAUAAAACACUUGGAGGGGCUUCGUGUACAUUAUGAUAUGACUGUGAGAAAUAGUGACGCAAGUGUUAUACAGUUCCUUUAUGGCGAAGAUGGGAUGGAUGUAACGAAAGCACAGUUCCUUAAUGAAAAGCAACUUGGCUUUCUAUCAGAAAAUGUUAGCGUCCUUUCCCAAAAGGAUAUUAUAAAACAACUUAAACGUGACAAAAACCAAGAUCAGCUGAAACUACAUAAAGAACAGAUUGCUCAGUGGAAACGAAAAUUCGGCAACCCUUUACAACGCAAACGUCAGAGCCCUUUCUCAUUAUUUUCUCAAUAUGUGAAAUCAAAAGCAGGCAAGAACAAAGAAUUCAGCGAGAAACAAAUUAUGCAAUACUGGAGAGAAAUUGACGAGGAGAUUAGGCAAAGCUUCACUGACAAAUGCGAGACCUGUCCUGAUCCCAUUGACUCAAUUUUCCAACCUGAUGCAAACUUUGGAUCUAUUAACGAACUUCAGGAAAAGCUCAUAGAAGAUUUCCAACCAUUUAAAAGGAAAAAGGCAAAAAAAGAGUUUGAAGAAGCUAUGAAACUGAAAGUCAUGCAAUCUAUGUGUGCUCCUGGUGAACCAGUAGGAUUGCUAGCAGCACAGUCGAUUGGAGAACCUUCCACUCAGAUGACCCUGAACACUUUCCAUUUUGCUGGUAGAGGAGAUAUGAACGUCACUCUUGGUAUACCUAGACUUAGGGAAAUUCUGAUGAUGGCUUCUAAAAAUAUAAAAACCCCUUCAAUGGAAAUACCUUUUAAGAAAGUGCCUAAUAUGGAAAAAAACGCCGUGUUUUUGAGAAAAUUACUCACCCGAGUGACAGUUGCUGAUGUUUUAGAAGUUGUGCACAUUACAACUGAGCAACAAAUACAACCUGUCAGGCAACACCAGUAUGAAAUUAAAUUCAACUUUCUACCACGAUCGUGUUACGGUCAUGAAUAUUGCGUGAAGCCAAAACAGAUCCUUCACCAUAUGAAACAAAAUUUCUUUGGUGAAAUGUUUGCAGCAAUCAGAAAAUUUACCAAAAUCAAUAGCCACAUCAUUACGAUGGAUGAGUCUAGAAAAAAAAGAAGUGCCAACACAGAGGAGGACAAUGAAGGGGAAAGUCAGAUAAGGAAUGAAAACGCGCAAAUGAGUUCCUCCGAAGAUGAAGUAGAGGAUAGUGAAGAUGCAAAAACAACAAUUAAAUUCAAGGAAAUCCGGGAUGGUUUAGAACCAGAAGACGAGGAAAAGGAAGCUUCAGAUUCGGACAAUGAAGAGUUGGAAGGAAACGAAGAUAUGAAAGACGUCGAAAAAAAUCAGCAAACAGAACCAAAUUCAGUAGUUGAGUCCCAUAAUUUUGCUCAGAAUUACUUGGAAGACACCAAAAAAUAUUUAUGGUGUAAAAUAACAUUUGGAUUGCCUCUGAACUACAAGAAAUUACAUCUAACCGAAAUGUUGAAAGAUGUUGCCAGUAAGUCAGUCAUAUGGCAAAUAUCAGGUAUCAAAAGAGCUAUUACGUACACCAAGAAUGAUUCAUUAAUGUUGAGAACUGAUGGGGCUAAUAUUGUCGAAAUGUUUAAACAUCAUGACACCCUGGAUCUUCUACGACUGCACUGUAAUGAUAUACAUCAAUUUGCCUGGACUUAUGGUAUAGAAGCUGCAUCAAAAAUAAUAGUUAAGGAAGUUAAAGAUGUGUUUGACGUUUAUGGAAUCAAAGUGGAUCCAAGGCAUUUGUCCUUGAUAGCAGACUAUAUGACUUUCAGUGGAACUUAUGAACCUAUGAGUCGAAAAGGAAUGGAAAGCAGCCCUUCGCCCCUGCAGCAAAUGUCGUUCGAGUCUUCUUUAACCUACCUCAAGAAUGCCGUUAUUAGAGGAAAGCGAGAUGAUCUACAAAACCCCUCAAGUUCUCUCAUGGUGGGAAAGCCUAUUGGAACCGGAACAGGAUGUGUCUCGUUGUUUCACAAAAUUAAAACCAAUGAAUUUAAACAAAAUUAUGGUAAUGACUGUGAUUGAAUUUGAAUACAAUUUGCUAUGUAUAUUUUUUUGUAAUUUUGAAGUUGACAUAAAAACCACCAUUUUUUGUU